AUGGCGACAACUGCAACUGCAAAUGCAGAGGAACCUAGCACUUCGAGUGGCACCAAAACUGUGGACGCCUCGCUAUGGUGGGAUUCUUUCACUCUUUUACUACACGAACUGGAAAAUUCUUCCGUUUCCUCCGACCUCCCGCCUUCUCUGGCGAAGAAACUCAAGGAUCAUCAUGCGUGGUUCUUGGACACUACCACUAUGUUUAAGCCACCAGACCCCAAGUCAAGAGAAGCUUUGGACUCGAAAAAGUUGAAAAUCGGUUCGAGAGAGUUGAUCAUACGGCCUGAACUUAAAGAGGCAGCGCUUGAAGCUAGUUCCGUUCUGGGCAUGAAUGAGGUGCAGUCAUAUAUUAUUGUGGAAAGAACAGCUGCAAAUGGAACCCUAGGAAUGGACGCGACAAGUGAUGAUACAUUUCACUCGGUGGUGGUCCAGUAUUACAUUGAACGACAGUGUUUACUGAAAUGCACGAGGCUGAUCAUCAUGAAUGCUUUACUUGUUGGAUCCGGAUCUAAUGAAGUUCACGCUAUGUGGGAAGGGGCUCAAAAAUUGAUCUCUGACGGGCUAGAAGUUAGAUUACUUUCAGUCCUUGAGGGCCUUUUAGUAUCAGACUAUCCUGAGCAACUGGAAGUUGAUCUGUUCACAUUGUGGGCUGAGGAGACCCUGAUUGAAGUCAAUCUGGUUCUUGAAAUUAUUUUUCUUUCUUACUAUGAUGGUUUUGCUGCUUGUAAUGGCAAACACUGGAAAAAGUUGCUCUUGGUGUAUGAGGGGUUUUUGUCUGGUUCUUUCAAUUUAGGGAAGCUGUCUAUAUCAGCAGAGGCUGAAUGGUUGGCUUAUUAUGCCAAAAUGCAACUGCUACUUAUUCUCAUUGAAACUCUAGAUUUGGAAAAUCUUCUCCAGAUGACCCAUGAUGAAACUCCAUUCAGGCAGAGUUCAGUAGCUUUUUCCGUGGUUGAUAUUGAGGAGAUAGAUAAAAUUAUUUCUGCUAUAGAUUUAUUUCAAGCAAAAGAAGCAGGCCCAUUGGUUCUAGCUUGGGCAAUAUUUCUUUGUCUCAUUUUGUCUCUUCCGGAAGCAGAAGACAACCAUGUGUUGCUGGAGAUGGACCAUGUUGAUUAUGUACGUCAAGCCAUUGAAGCUUCAUCGUUAAGUUAUGUGCUUGCAAUUCUGCAAAGCAAGAUAUGGCAGGAGUCGGAUGCUCCUACUGCUGGUUAUCGCUGUGUUUUGAGAACUUUCAUAUCUGCUUUUGUUGCCUCAUAUGAAAUUAAUCUUCAGUUGGAGGAUGACAAUUUAAGAUUAAUAUUGGACAUCCUCUGCAUGAUCUACCGAUCAGAGGAAUCACUCUGCAAUCAGUUUUGGGACCGGGAGAGUUUUCUUGAUGGGCCCAUACGGUGUCUUCUUUGCAAUAUGGAAGGCGAAUUCCCAUUCAGGGUUGUGGAAUUUGUGCGCUUCUUAUCAGCCCUUUGUGAAGGGGCUUGGCCGGCGGAGUGCGUAUAUAAUUUUCUUGAAAAGAGUGUUGGAUUGUCAACCCCGUUUGAGAUAAAUAGUGAGUCCUUGGUGGACAGAUCCAUGAAGAUUGUUCAAACACAUGUAGCUUUGCCUGUUCCUGGUGUUCAAGGUUUGAUCAUUCCUAGGGGCACCCGGGGUCAGGUUCUGAGAAUGAUCAACAAGGAUUGCGCUUUGGUACGGUGGGAGCAUGCGCAAUCAGGAGUCACCGUCCUGCUUUACCGGAUGGCCCAAGAGCUGUACUCCCAAAGCAGCGAGGAAGUUCUAGUAACCCUUGACUUGCUGAGUCGAUUGGUGACUUUUAACUUGGCCGUGUGCAAUUCACUUUUGAAUAUCCCCAAGUCUUCAUCGGCAUCUGUCUCAGUGGAAGGACUCCAAGAGUAUAGCUGUGUCAAUGUCGUAGAGAUGAUUUGCGCUUUAGUGAAGAACGUGCCUUCUACUUCUUAUGGUGCAAAAGCAAUGUCCAUGGGUGUAAAGAUCCUGACGAAGAUGCUAAAGUGCUCUCCAUAUCAUGUUGGUAUCAUAAUAUUGAAAAGCAAUAUAUUUGAUGUCAACUUGAGGCAGAAUUCUUUUGAUGUUACUUCCAGCGGUUUGUCUAGGGAAUCAUGGUUGCUUUCUGGAAGGCUUUCUAAAAUGCUUAUGAUCGACUGCGAGCAGAAUGACUGUUCAUUGACCCUUUCAGUGCUGGAAUUAACCAUCCAGCUAGUAGAAAUGGGACUUGAAACCGAUAUGGUGUUUGGACUUGUCCUUUUCUCCUUUCAGUAUGUUUUAGUCAAUCAUGAGAUUUGGAAUUACUCAACAAAGCAUAUGCGUUGGGAAGUAACUCUGAAGGUGCUUCAAGUUGUUAAAACUUGCAUUUUGACAACUUCACAAUGCAAGAGACUGAGUAGUGUUAUCCAGGAUAUUUUACUCUCUGAUUCUUCCGUCCACAAUGCACUCUUUCAAAUCGUCUGUACCACUACGCAGGGAUUAGAGAGGCUUUAUAUCAGUCGCCUUCAUGGGCCAAUGGAUCUUGGACAAAUACAGGAUGCUAUAUCCUCUGGGUUGGAUGUUCUUUUCAGUAUGCUUUAUUUUUUCUCUAAGGACCUUUACCAGAAUAUUUCAGUUUUUCAUCAAGCUGUCCUAUCGCUGGCGGCAAAACCAGUUUCCGUGGUUACUGCAGCUAUAUCCUUGAUGUCAUUCUUCCGGAACUCUAAGAUACAAGUUAAUGCUGCAAGGUUACUAUCCAUGUUAUUUGCUACUGGGGCUGCUUCACAAUCAUUUGCACUUGGCAAUGCAUGUCUUGGUCUGGAUGAUACACAGAUUUGUGAGUUCAGGAAUUCAAUUUGUAGAAUACUUCUAGAACAAUCAAUAUGGAAUGAAGAGCUUGUCGUUGCUGCUUUCAGAUUGCUAACUUCUGCGGCAUCUUAUCAGCCUGCAUUUCUUGCUGCAGUCAUUAAUCCGGGCAAUGCUGCCACUGGAAAACACUUAGACGAAGCUAAUGUUAUUUUGAUGGAUUCGAAAGGAAAAAGUUUGGUAGAUGUAAUUCUUCUGUAUUUCAAUAAACCUGAUGACCAUAUGAAGCGGAAACCGAAAAUACUGUCGAAUGUGCUGAAUUUCCUGAAGGCACUGUGGCAAAGUGCGCCUCAGUUUUCGAAUUUCUUGGAGAAACUAAAGAACUCCGAGAAUUUCUGGAGACGUCUUUCUGACUGCGUCAUGCUGAGCUCUAAUAUACAGGAUAGGCCAUCUCAGAAUUUGAAAGAACAGAAUUAUCGGGAAGAAGCAUAUGAACGUAUCUGCCAAUCUAACAUGUUAGAAAUAGUUGCCUGCGAAAUUUUCCUGCAUAAAAAGCUCUUGCACAUUGAAUUCGUUGAACAAACUUCUAUGUUACCGGAGGGCUCCAAAUUAGCAAAAGAUGGAAGUAUUUCUGGUCUGAAAGAUUUGGUUUCAAGCUGGUUUAAAAGCUCGCUGUUGGGAAACUUGAUUGAGUCAUACGCCUCGUACGCAUCCGACUGUAGAUUGGAUUCUCUUGAAAAAGUUUACCCUUGUCUAUUUUCUGUGCAUGCAAUGGCAAAGUUGAAAAGUGGUAACAUGGGAUGUAUGUCUGUGCAUCUCAUCGAGAAGAUACUCAACAUGUCUGAAAAGUUGACAAAGUUGCCCGCCUUUUCAGAGUUAUUGGCUCUGUAUUUGCAGCGUGGUUACAGUCAAGGAAAAGAGCCACAGCAUUUGAUAAUUAGUGAUUUAUUUUACCACCUGCAAGGUGAGAUUGAAGGCCGACAAAUUGAUGACAGAUUGGUGAGAGAGUUGGUGCAGUAUCUCCUGCAUACAGACUUUCUGCAAUCGUAUCUGUGCAAAGCUGAUGAGGACUUUCAAUGGCAUAUCAUGGGUGGUAAACUAUAUGACACUGGUCGUCUACAAUCAGAACUAGGGUUAGAGUUGUGGGAUCUUCUUUCAGAAUGGAGAGAAUCCAAAUCAAUUGCAGAGAAAAUGUUGCGUUAUUUAGAUGAUGUGAAUGGGAGACUGCUGCUUAGUAAUGCCAAGCUUUCUGCUCUCAAAGCGUUGGUGGCCAUGUUAUUUUUGUGUAGUGAUGAUUCAGGUGAGCAUGCAUAUGCCAUUGGCGGAAAGUUCCCUGAGCAGCUACUGUUGUCAUGCGUUGACCAUACAUGUCAAUUCCUUAUUGCUACUGUGGAUUUAUUACCUCCAGAUCUUGAUGAUAGCCGGCAUGUACUUGAUAUACUUGGUGCCCAAGCAGAACUGCUGCUGUAUCUUGUUAAGUCAGGAGGGAACAAAUUUUCCAGUAGCUCAUGUUUUCUCUUGAUAAAAGCUUCAGGUCAUGGCCUGAAAGUAUUAAGUGGCUUUAGUCCUUCAGAUGCCAGGGUUAAAGAAGCGACUAAGCUUUUACUAAUGUUGGUUCACUUCUCAGUCAAGAUUGGGCAUGCACAAAAACAAUCGGAUACUACGGGCGCAACUGUUGUUGAGGCCACUGAGAUAUCAAAUAUGAUUAUAGGGCUGCUACCUAUUCUUUGUCACUGUACUCAGACUACUGAUCAUUAUAAGCUCUCAUUAACUAUAAUUGAUAUUAUAGUGAGAGCCUUCUCAACCCCGGCUGUUUGGUUUCCUGUUAUACAAAAGCACUUACAGUUGCCUUAUGUCCUUCAAAAGCUUCAAGACAAAGAUUCAGUUGAAACAAUUCCAGCAAUUUUGCAGUUUCUUUUGACCCUCAGCCGUGUCAGAGAAGGUGCUGUCAUGUUUGUUAACAACGGUUUUUUUGCUUUCUUAAGAUGGUUCUUCACUGAGUUGCCUGACGAUCAGCCUUCCUCUUUUAUUCUGAGCGAGAAGAGUCUUAUGAAUUCUAUGUUAGACCAGUCAGAAAAGCCUAAGCACAUCUGGGGACUUAGUCUGGCUGUUAUUACUGCAGUUAUUCACUCUCUUGAGGGUAGUUCUUCGUCCGCUGGAGUUGUGGAUUAUGUGAUGGCUCACUUUUUUGUGGAGAAGUCUUUAUUAAUAUCUUACUAUCUUAGUGCACCGGAUUUCCCUUCUUCCAGUGAUCACGAUAAAAAAAGGGCCCGGUCUCUGAAAAGAUGCACUACAUUGGCAUCUCUGAAAGAAACAGAACAGACGCUUCUGCUAAUUUGUGUGCUAGCGAGACAUGGGAGUUUGUGGGGCAAGGCCAUGAAAGUGGGGGAUUCACAGUUAAGGGAGAGAAUUAUCCAUUUGUUAGCUUUCAUUAGUCGUGGGACCCAGCACCACGGAGAGUUCCACAACAGAGUUGCACCCCUUUUAUGUCACCCUGUUGUUAAAGAUGAGUUUGAAUUGUAUAAGAAACCAUCAUUUGUCAACAGCAGAAACGGUUGGUUUCUUCUUUCUCCUCUAGGUUGUGGACUAGAUCCCAAAUUUUCUUCUUUGUCCUCCAGAACUAAUGCUCUUCUUUGCAAGGAUCAAUCAAAUUCCGAUGUUGAGCCAGCUCCUCAAACUUACUUUUCUGAUAUCACGGCUAUUCAAAUAUACAAAAUCACUUUCCUUCUUCUAGAGUUCUUAUGCAUACAAGCUAAAGCCUCUUCUAAAAGGGCUGAAGAUGUUGGUUUUGUAGACCUUGCCACUUUUCCAGAGCUCCCAGUACCUGAUAUCUUGCAUGGCUUACAGGAUCAAGCAAUCAGUAUUGUCACUGAAUUGUGUGAAGCGGGCAACAAGUCGAAACUGGCGACACCUGAGUUACAGGAUCUCUGUAUAUUGCUCCUGAAAAUAAUAGAAAUGGCACUGUACCUUGAACUCUGUGUGAUACAGAUUUGUGGCUUGCGGCCAGUGCUGGGGCAUGGCGAGUAUUUCUUGAAAGAAAUUAAAGCUCUAAUCAAAGCUACUGAAGGACACUCAUUUUUGAAGGAGGCAAUGAUGGCCUUGAAACAAAUCGUGGUAUUAGUAUAUCCUGAAUUACAUGCUGAAGUCAUUGUUUGA